UAUAUCAUCUCUGUAUUUGAUUUGUAGUAGGAUUAUGAACCACCAAGAAUAUAAUUAUACCUCUCAAUCUGUCAAAUUUUAAUCACCAACAACAACAACAACAACAUUCACUGCCUCGAACGGGGAACCAAGUCCCGCCUUGCUGCUUGAUGUACGACGACCGCAGAAGAAGUGCGAGAGGAGCUGUCCGUUGUUCGUUCGAACGUCCGCGUUCACCGUCAUCGAAUUCGAGAGGAGCUUUCAGUCCGUGUGAACGUCUGCGUUCACCGUCAUCGAAUCCGAGAGGAGCUUUGAGUCCGUUUGAACGUCUGCGUUCACCGUCAUCGAAUCCGAGAGGAGCUUUGAGUCCGUUUGAACGUCCGCGUUCACCGUCAUCGAAUCCAAGAGGAUCUCUGAGUGCGUUUGAACGUCCACGUUCACCGUCAUCGAAUCUGAGAGGAGCUCUGAGUCCGUUGCCCCCGGUCUGUAUUCAUUCGAACCUCCGCGGAGUUAGUCGUACACGGUCCUGCCUAAGAAGGUCCGACUUGUCCGAGACGUUGUUUGUCUUGUUGACCUGCUGCCGUCCAUCACCAUCGUCACAGAGCUGCGCUACCGUUGUUGAGGCACGAUCCGACUUUCAGACCCAGAACAAUAUUAACAAUAUCAACAUGGUUUAUUUCAAGUAUCACGAUUUCCCUAGAGAAGAGACAUUGUCACUCAUGCAAGAUGCUAAUUCAGUCGAUGGAACACACCUUCGUUCAUUUCCUCCUGUGACGGGUCCCUUUGCAAAAAUCAAUCCUCGUAUAGAGCCCUCCAGGCCUGAAAAGCUGGUACAAGGAGCAUCAUGACGUCAAUGCAUUUGGUGGCAAAACGCCUAAAAUCGUCCUUCUCGCGUCACAUCAUAGUCCUUGCUAUGAGGCCCGUUUAUUCCAAACAUUAUCUGCACGUUUGUCCCGCAAGGAAGCAAAAUGGAGUUCUAGUCCGAAGUUUGGAGUUGAGCCCGUGUACAUUCCUCUUUACAGGGAGAUAGAUCAACUUCACCAAGUACGGGCCGAGUAUAGGAAGAAGCUUGAGCAGUUCCAAGAGUACCUUAUAUAGAAAAGUGAGCGAGAAAACUCAUUCCUUGUUGUUGUUAAGGAAAACAUUCUUGUUGCCAAAGAGGUGGAGGCAAAGCUAGCGAAAGCUUUGCUCGUGAUGCUUUGCAAGCCUUCAAGUUUGAGUUGUAGUCCCUCUCUUUUAUUGCCCUAGUUUCUCUUUUCUUUUUCUUUAUUUCUUUUUUUUUCUUUUUCUUUAGAGACUACUUUUGAUGUACUCGAUAUUCAAAAAUAAAUUAACAUCAUCUAUUUUUCUCAAAAUUUUGCUAUUGAUUCUAUGUUUAGUUUAUACUCUUGCGGGCCAGGAGUAUUACUAAAGUGAGAGAUUUUUUUUGGUGUGGUUGGACUCAAAGUUAGUGAUUUCUUCAAGCUGCCUACGUACUUAUGAAAUGAAUAAAUUCACUCCACAAGAUCAAGCCAACGUAGUUCCUUAAAAGCAAAAAUAUUUUUUUGAACUUUUUUUUUGAACGUUUUUUUUUGGCGUCAUUUGCUGACGUCAUUUUCG